CGUUGCCGCCGCCGCUCCCCCCCGCCUCGGAGAGCCGCGCGGCGCGGCGGGGCCCGGGGGUCGCAGCGGGGGCUCGAGCGCCCGCAAGCCGAGGCCUCCGUUCCUUUCGGAGGACGCUUAGUAAUUCUCGUGCCUACACGGGACGAGCAACGGGUUGCUCAACUUUCACGACAAAUCGGGCGACAGCAGCCGCUGUCUUUGGACUCGUAUCUUUUGAGAAAAAUGGAACGGUCCAGGGGCCUCACUGCCCUGGGCAAGUCUAAACUUCUAAGUUCUUUUGUUGAGAACCCCUGCCUCCGACUCCCGCACGUACCGUUUUAUGAUUACAAUUACAAAUGUUGCCAGGACAUUCUGGCAGUUAGAACAUGGCAACCAUAGAAGAAAUUGCACAUCAAAUUAUUGAACAACAAAUGGGAGAGAUUGUUACCGAGCAGCAAACUGGCCAGAAAAUCCAGAUCGUGACAGCACUUGAUCAUAAUACACAAGGGAAGCAGUUCAUUCUGACAAAUCAUGAUGGCUCUACUCCAAGCAAAGUCAUUCUGGCCAGGCAAGAUUCCACUCCAGGGAAAGUAUUCCUCACUACUCCAGAUGCAGCAGGUGUUAAUCAGUUAUUUUUUACAACUCCUGAUCUGUCUGCACAACAUCUCCAGCUCUUAACAGAUAAUUCUUCUCCAGACCAAGGACCAAAUAAGGUUUUUGAUCUUUGCGUAGUAUGUGGAGACAAAGCAUCAGGGCGUCAUUAUGGAGCAGUAACCUGUGAAGGCUGCAAAGGAUUUUUUAAAAGAAGCAUCCGAAAAAAUUUAGUUUAUUCAUGUCGAGGAUCAAAGGACUGUGUUAUUAAUAAACACCAUCGAAAUCGCUGUCAAUACUGCAGGUUACAGAGAUGUAUUGCGUUUGGAAUGAGACAAGACUCUGUUCAGUGUGAAAGAAAACCCAUUGAAGUAUCUCGAGAAAAAUCUUCCAACUGUGCUGCUUCAACAGAAAAAAUCUACAUCCGAAAAGACCUUCGAAGCCCAUUAGCUGCAACUCCAACUUUUGUAACAGAUAGUGAAACUGCAAGGUCAGCAGGACUGUUAGAUUCAGGAAUGUUUGUGAAUAUUCACCAGUCUGGAAUAAAAACUGAGUCAACUGUGCUGAUGACACCAGAUAAGGCUGAAUCAUGUCAGGGAGACUUAAGUACAUUGGCCAGUGUGGUUACAUCAUUAGCAAACCUUGGAAAAAGUAAAGAUCUUUCUCAGAAUAGUAAUGAAAUAUCUAUGAUUGAAAGCUUAAGUAAUGGUGAUACCUCUUUGUGUGAAUUUCAUCAAGAAAUGCAGACUAAUGGUGAUGUUUCAAGGGCAUUUGAUACUCUUGCAAAAGCAUUGAAUCCUGGAGAGAGCACAGCCUGUCAGAACGCAGUAGAAGGCAUGGAAGGAAGCGUACACCUAAUUGCCGGAGACUCGAGCAUAAAUUACAUCGAAAAAGAGGGGCCACUUCUCAGCGAUUCACACGUAGCUUUCAGGCUCACCAUGCCUUCUCCUAUGCCUGAGUACCUGAAUGUGCACUACAUUGGGGAGUCUGCUUCCAGACUGCUGUUCUUAUCAAUGCAUUGGGCACUUUCGAUUCCUUCCUUCCAGGCUCUAGGGCAAGAAAAUAGCAUAUCUUUGGUGAAAGCUUAUUGGAAUGAACUUUUUACUCUUGGUCUUGCCCAGUGCUGGCAAGUGAUGAACGUGGCAACUAUAUUAGCAACGUUUGUCAAUUGUCUUCAUGGUAGCCUUCAGCAAGAUAAAAUGUCAACAGAAAGAAGAAAAUUAUUGAUGGAGCACAUCUUUAAACUACAGGAGUUCUGCAACAGCAUGGUUAAACUCUGCAUUGAUGGAUAUGAAUAUGCCUACCUGAAGGCAAUAGUACUCUUCAGUCCAGAUCAUCCAGGCCUAGAAAACAUGGAACAAAUAGAGAAAUUUCAGGAAAAGGCAUAUGUGGAAUUCCAAGAUUAUAUAACCAAAACAUACCCAGAUGACACCUACAGGUUGUCCAGACUACUACUUAGAUUACCAGCUUUGCGAUUGAUGAAUGCUACUAUCACUGAAGAAUUGUUUUUCAAAGGCCUCAUUGGCAAUGUACGAAUUGACAGUGUCAUCCCACAUAUUUUAAAAAUGGAACCUGCAGAUUAUAACUCACAAAUAAUUGGUCACAGCAUUUGAAAUCUGAGAUAUCAGUGUAAACUUACUGUUCUUUCCUGGAACACAAAAUGACACCAAAUUAAACUAGUUACUUCCAGGGUAUCUGGAAAUUUUGACUUUAAAGAGUAACCAAAAACCAAGGUGUUUUUAUUUUAACUUCUUAAGAAUUUUUGAAGUGACUGGGCAGGUAUCAGGAAUCAAAAUGUCCUUUCCUGCCUUAUUUAAGUGAAUAAGAAAUAUUAUGAAUUUAUUCUUGGUUAAGAGGACACCUUAAGCUGUCACUUCUUGGCAUCUACACUAAGAUCUCUUAUUAUAUUUUAUCUUAUAAAACAAAUAAAUUAGUCUUUUUUUUUCCAGAAUUGUGUUCUAUUCAUAUUUUUCAUUAUGAACUAGUACAAACACUUAAUUGUCAGAAAUACCUAAGGAGGAUUUCCUUGCAUUUUACUCUUAAUAUAUAAUCUGUUUUAAUUACCACGUAAAAGAAGAUUCUUUCAUUCUCAGUGACAUAAUGGUAACAUUAGAACCAUAGGAAAUAAUAACUGAAUAUAUAUAUUUUUUGUCUUUUGUAAAUAUUAUGGAACCUUUAGCAUAUACCACUCUCAUUGCUGGCAAUGAGACAUAGGCCAUUUAUGAUCUCAAGACUUUUUUUAGUGUUGUAUAUUAUUAGUUACAAGCACUUUUUAUUUAUGUAUGUAGCAGAAAAUUGUUUUUGAGAAUGAGGUAGGGUUCAUGUUUUAAUAUUUUUGGUUUACUGCUAUGUUUUAAAGUAGUAGAGACUGGACCCCAAAUGUUUCAGUAUUUCCAAAUGGAUAUUAAAAUUAUUGCUUUUCCAUUCCA